AUGGACUCAAAUGCUGCAGCCCCGACGCUGACAAGGCAGCGCGUCAGCGUGACGGUGCUGUCACUUGCUGCUACGGCUACUCUGGUCUACUUCACCUACCGCAUCUUCAAUCCUGAGCGCGAUCCUGACCGUCACCUGCACCGUAGCAAUGCUGUUCGCCAUCGUCGACGCUCGCUGCCCCAUACUGCCCGCGCCCGCGGCCACGAGAGCCAGCCAUCCGACACCUCUGACACGUCGGCUGAGUCCCGUGCUCUCGACGAGAACGUCGAUCACAACACCGUCCGUCCGCUGAACGAUGGCGAGACCGUUGCCGACGAACAUGGGAUUGAAGAGAACUGGUUCGAUAAUGAAGACAAUCAUUUCGCCCAUCAACAGCAGCGCGCUGGGCAGAACAUCGUCAGUCUGCUCUUUCGCGUUUCCGAGGACAAUGCUCGUCGGAAUGCCUACGUUCACCGUGGCUGUCUCUGCAAUGGAUGUGGUCUUACCCCGAUUCGUGGCAUCCGGUACCGCUGUGCCAACUGCGCCGACUUCGAUCUCUGUGAAACGUGCGAGUCUCAGGGUCUUCAUACCAAAACUCAUGUCUUUUAUAAGAUUCGCAUCCCCGCUCCCCGUCUCGGCUCCCGCUCUCUGCAGCCCGUUUGGUAUCCUGGUGAUCCAGAAAACUGUUUGCGACUUCUGCCCAAGCAUCUGAUGGCCCGGCUAUCGAAGGAGACUGGCUUUGAGCGCCCUGAGCUGGAGGCCCUCUGGGAACAAUGGACUUUCAUGGCAAACACCGAGUGGCGCGAGGACCCGGACGAGCUCUAUUUAGCCAUGGACCGGAAGACCUUUGAACGCUACCUGAUCCCAUCGGGAGGCUCUAGUCAUAUUACGCCCAAUCUGCUUCACGACCGCAUGUUCGCUUUCUACGACGACAACCACGAUGAUCUGAUUGGGUUCUCCGAGUUCCUGAGAGGCACUGCUUAUCGCAAACGGAAGGAUAGACUUCGCAAGAUCUUUGAGGGUUACGACAUUGAUGGUGACGGCUAUGUCAGCCGCAAAGACUUCUUGCGCCUGUUCCGGGCAUACUAUGUCGUUUUCAAGCAGAUGCAUAGGGACGUUUUGGAAGGACUAGCUGACCAAGCAAUGAGCUACAACGAGGUUGAACAACUUGUUACUAGCAGGCAGCCGUUGAGCAGCUUUUUUGGGCGUGAAGGAGGCUUCAACAGUGGCGAUAGUGACCGGCCGCUCGAGGGCAAGGUUACCAUUGGCACCGCGGGAGAUGUCCAUAUUUCUGGAGGUUCCGGGGUCGUGAAAGAGGACUCGCCAGAUACCAUCGAUCGCCAGUCUCUCUUGCUGAGUCUCUUCACUCGACAGCGACAAACUCGCUACACCCACGAGAGUCCUUUCUUGGCUGUUAUAGACGGUUCAAGAGGAGGCGAGAGGUCCGCUAUGGAGUAUCUGCAGAGCCUUUUUAACCCGCCAACGCGGGUGAAUGAACUCCCUGCACUGCUUCUUGGUGAGACACCGUCUGGUCCGGAUGUAUUGAUCAUCAUUAACACUGGAAACGACCAAGGCGCAGAUAACCAGGGCGACCGCGAUGCAGGCAAUGGAAGUGACAAUUCGUCCAGGCGUGGAGAUAACGGCUCCGGAUCCAAUCACCGCGCCAGGUCGUACAGUUCUUCUAGCGCAGAAGACGACGACGACCAUCGCAAGACUGUUAGUUCCCACCGCUCGGCUCGUCGCGCCAGGGUUGAGGCACGCAGGAGGCUGCUUGAGCGCUGGAGAAGACGACAGUUCUAUCUGGAUGAGGAAGAGGGCAUGGGCCCGCCGGAGAACUGGAGCGACAGCGAGGACAUCAUGAAUCGGAUGCACAUGAAUGACGAGUUUGAGGACUCGAAGAGCUCUCAGCCGCCUAUUACCCCUCGUUCUCGAUCUUCUUCCAAGGUGCGGUUCGUCGAAGACACUGACGACUUUGAUAUCCGGUCCAACCCCUCGACUUCUUCGAGAAGCAUCCCAGAGAGGUGGGGUGGCAUGGAGAUUUCCGACGCAGAACGCGAUGUUGGCAAGGAGAUCUUUUACCAAGUCAUGCAGCAAGCGUUCGACGAAAUCCUUGAUGUCCUCUUCAAAGAGAAAGAGGACCUUGCUAUCGAAGCAGCCAAGACGAAGGCUUUGCGGGAUAUGUACAGACCUCAGUUCGAGUCUAUUGAUAUUAAGGAGGAGAAGGAGAGCACCACACCCGAGGAGAAGGACCCGCGUGAGGAGACCCUGGAGGAGUUGCUCGCUAGGACCGGCUACACUAUCGACCCUCCUACACAACAGAGUCAGGACAGCAUUGAUGCACCUCAGGAGGACCACAAUGAGGACGAUGGCGAGUAUAGCGACACAGACGAGCCAACCACUUCCGAAUCCUCGACAGAAAAUGCCCCUUACCGCGAUCCAACCAUGCCUCAAUUCCGGCCCAACUCUGUCUCAGACAUCACGCCCCAGUCUCCCAACAGACACAAGAGUUCCAAGACUCCUGCGAACCCCUCCCGCUCAUCAAAGAAGGUUUCCACAAGCAAAGCCAAUGCAGAAGACUCAAAACAGCCCGCGCUCCCCGAACCCAUCCCUCGCUCCACGCUGGUCUACUGGAAGCGCCUAGACCUUGCCGAGCAGGAAGCGAAGGAGCGUGGUGGCUGGGGAAGGCUAGACUAUGCGGAGUUCGAGAACAUCUACCGCAAGCAGGAGGCGAAGGGAAGCAGGAUGGAUUUCUUAGGCACGUGGAUCGACUUUUGCAUUCCUCAUAAUUAG